AUGUCGACUAGCAACGGUAAUACGCAGAAGUUUUCCAAUUGUCUCCGCGAUGCCACUGGCGCCCCAAAGGAUCCCUUGGUCUGGAUCGACCUUGAGAUGACUGGGUUGGACAUCGAUGGUGGUGAUACCAUUAUCGAGGUCGCGUGUUUGAUCACGGAUGGGGAGUUGAAUUUUGUUGAUGAGAAGGGGUUUCAUAUGAUUGUGAAUCAGUCGAAGGAGGUGAUGGACGGGAUGGGAGAGUGGUGUCGGGACCAUCAUGGGAAGUCUGGCCUCACCGCCGCCGUCCUUGACUCCCCCCACUCCCUCUCCCACGCCUCCGAUUCCCUCCUCGCCUACAUCAAAUCCCACGUCCCAACCCAACGUCAAGCCCUGUUGGCCGGCAACAGCGUUCACGCCGAUCGCGUGUUUCUGAGCAAGUACAUGCCGGAGGUCGUGGAGUUCUUGCACUAUCGCAUCGUGGAUGUCAGUACCGUGAAGGAGUUGGCGAGGAGAUGGGAGCCUAGGGUCUUCAAGGCGGCGUCGGCACAGAAGGCGGAAGCGCAUCGUGCGUUGGAUGAUAUUAAGGAGAGUGUCCAGGAGUUGAUGUUUUACCGCGAGAACUGGAUGACGCCGAACUCUAAGAGGAGGAUGAGUAUUGGCGGGCUCUGA